GGGUGCCGCGGUCCUCCGCGGGCUCGCAGCCCCCCGUGCCAGCCUUCGGUCUGCUGCGUCCCGCGGGGGCCGGCCGGCGGCGGCGGCGGCAUGGUGGAUGUGUUCAGCGGGCGGCUCCUGGUCAGCAGGGGCGGCCGCAGCGUGGACCCCGAGGAGGCCCUGCAGAACAAGGUGGUGGGCUUGUACUUCUCGGCCGGCUGGUGCUCGCCGUGCCGCGACUUUACCCCCGUCCUCUGCGACUUCUACACGGAGCUGGUGGAGGAGACCCAGCCCCCCGCCCCCUUCGAGGUCGUCUUCAUCUCCUCCGACCACAGCGCCGAGGAGAUGGCGGGCUACAUGCACGCCAUGCACGGGGACUGGCUGGCCCUGCCCUUCCACGACCCCUACAAGCAUGACCUGAAGAAGAAAUACAACAUAACAGCAAUUCCUAAACUGGUGAUUGUGAAACAAACUGGAGAAGUCAUUACUGACAAGGGAAGAAAACAGAUCAGAGACAAAGGGCUAUCCUGUUUUCGGAACUGGCUUGAGGGUGCAGAUAUCUUUCAGAAUUUUUCUAGCUAAAAAGCUGGCAGAUAAAAGCAAGACAAGGCAUCAUGGAAAACUUUGUAGAGCUCUGAAAAGAUUGUUGCCUUGUUCAGAACAAGGGUAAGGUUUAUUUAUGUUUGCUUGUAAACAAAUUUUGCUUUCAACUUGAAGAUUAGCUAUUCCAGUAAGUCAUAAAAUGCAAUUACCAUUUUAUUUGUAUUGUUCUAUCUACUAUAUUCAGAUAAACCAAAGCAUUCCUGAUAAUACUGAAGAACUUCAGGAAGAUAGGCUGGUUUAGACAGUAAUAAUGGAGCACUGUGAAAUCUAUGCAAACACUUACUCUGCAAAAUCUGUACAGUAGAAAUUAUAUAUAUGCACAAAUCUAUUUUUCUUGAUGACAGUUUUUUUCUGGUGAUUAGCACAUAUUUUAAGAAAAGGAAAUUGCUUGCUUUAAUAAAUAACUGUUUAUGAAGUA